CACAUGCGUCGGGAAUAACAUGUGGUCCAGAGCCAACUGAAACUGAGCUUUUUUCUACGCGCACUGUCUAGUUGAGUUCUAAAUUUCGGUCUGUUAGUAUCGUUUGUAUUGUUUACUUUUUCGCUUGGAAUUUUAUUGUGAUAGUUGUUUUUUUUUAACAGCUUGUAAUAGAAACAGUGAUGUAAUUAUGUGACUUUAUCACGGGAAAAGUGUAUAUGAAAAUGGAAACUUAGCUGAUCUUUGGAAACGCAUUUAUCACAUUUUAUUAUUUAAGCAUGCCGUUUUUAAAUUUUUCAACCCCGUCCACAACUCCCCAAAAGGUUAAGUUAAAUGCAACCAGUCCAACGAGUCCUUUGCCCUUUUGCACUAGCCCAACCGAUUUGCAUAACGCUUUUAAAGAAUCAACAAAGGAUGGUAAAUCGCAAGUAGGUGGAUGUAGUAGAUCAGUAAAGGAAUUUGAAGAGCAAUUGACUAAUCUAAAAAAAGAAAAUUUUAACUUAAAACUUAGAAUAUACUUUUUGGAAGAAAAAUUGGGAGUUAACUUUACCCUAGACGAGGAUAAUGCUCUUAAGAAAAAUAUUGAACUGAAGGUUGAAAUCGCUAAUUUACAAAAGGACUUGCAAGAAAAGCAUGAUUUGCUAUGCCAGGCUGUAAAAGCAAUAGAGCUAGAAGAUGAAGAACAUAAAAAAUACUUGCAAAUAAAAGAAGAUCAGUUAAAUCAGUGUUAUCAGGAAUUAGAAGAACUUAAGUUACAACUUCAUGAUGCCAAAUAUGACGAUGGUUUUUCACACAAAUCUGAUCCGACUGGAAUGAUAUUUAAUCAUAUGUUACCACUACAUGACACUGAUAGCCUCAAUAAUAUUAAAUUAAUUCAAGAAAAAUGCAUUUCCCUUGAAAAAGAGUUAAAUAAUGAAAAGGAAAACUGCGCUUCAAUACAAAUUUUAUUAGACCAAGCUGAAUCUGCACAGCAUAAAUUAAAAGUGUUGGAACAUGAAAAUAAAGAAAAAGAUAUUGUUAUUGUGAAUUUUAAAGAAGAUCUUGAAAAUAUACGUAAGAAAAACCAAGAAUACAGUGAUUUAAUCAAGGAUUUAGAAGUAAAACUGGUUCAAAGUAAUAACGAGAAUCAACAUUUAAUAAAAGAACUAGAAGAAAACACUUCACAGAUAGGCGAAUUUAAAGGUCAAGUUAAUGAACUUAAAAAAAUGCACUCAAAUUUAAGACUUGAGAUUGAAAGAGAGCAAAAGAAAUCUGAACGAGCUAAAAUGUUUAGUGACAUUAGAAUAUCUGAAUUAGAAGCUGAAGCUGAAAAGCAUAAGGCAAAAGUACGAGAAUUAAAUGGAAAACUUGAUUUUGCUCAACAUGAACUAAAGAAAAACAAAAACCUUGCUGUAUCUAGUUGUCAAGUUCAAAAAACUAACACAUCAAAUACUGAUGAAAAUUUUUCAGAUUCGAACCCAGCAACACUUGACCGAACUCCGCAAAAGGAUGCAUUAUCUUUAUCAUUAAAAUCCUCACAUUCAACCCCAGAAAAAUUCGAUGUAUCACAACUUGAGCAACUUUUACUUGGAGCUGGUGAAAGUGCCACAGUUCAACAAAUUCUUAGUGGUGUAAAUUUACUUAAAAAUGAUCAUUCCAUACAAAAACAAAAAGUCAUAAAACUUAAAGCUGAGCAAAUCAAAGCCUGUGAAAUCAUCAAGAGCAUGAUAGCAUCGAGAAAUAAAUUAAACGACGAAAAUAUUUUACUUAAGAAGAAAUAUGAAAUAUGUGAGAAGAAGCUAUUGGAAGCCUGUAACAAUAAGAAGCCAUUAUACCAGCAACUAUCGGAUUUGAAAAUUACGGCCAUUAAUUCUGACGAGAAAUCCAUGGCAGAAUCACCAAGUGAGGACCUCUCGGAGCAUUAUAAAGCUUUAAGUAAUGAGCUUGAAGCUAAGAUAGAGCUACUAAAAGUAACAUUGGAAGCUAAAGAUUUACAAAUAUUAAAUUUAAAGACCGAACUCGAAGAAGUUUUUAAAUGCUUGGCGGAAAAAGAAAACAAAGUAGUAGAUCUAGAAUUUGAAUUGUUAUCCAUAAAUAAUAAUGAAAAUAGCAGGUUUGAGCUAUCGACAGAAAAAACUGAUGUUGGCACAGAAAAGAUUGUAGCUACUUUAAAAACAAAAUUGGAAAAUAAAGAUAAAGAAAUAGACAGACUAAAUACUGAAUUAAGAAAAUGUAACUGCUAUUUGCAAGAAAUUGUAAAUAAAGAACUUUGGGAAAAAAAUCGAGAAAUUGAGAAAAUGCACAACAAACAAUCAAGUUUACCUGAGAUUGCCAAGCUUAAAGAAGAAUUAGAAGUUAAGGACUCUCAACUCAGGCUACUUAAGGAGACAAUUAAUGAGCUUGGGUUAGAUAUUCCAAUACCAGGUAAUGCGGGAGACACUGAUUUAAAAAAUGUUAAUGCCAAUCACAAUUUGUUAGCUAGAAAUAUUCAAAAAGAAAAACCUGAAUUAAAUCAACUUUUAGAUGAACUAAAAGAUCAAAAUAAUAUUUUAUCAACAGAAUUGGAGCAUUACAAAAAACUAUAUGAAGAUACUCAUGAAGCCAGUGCUAUUUUAAGCCAAAGAUUAGAGGAACUAGCAAUAUUUUUGGAUUCUCUGCUCAAAAACAAAUCAGUUUUAGGAUUUUUAGGUAAUUACAACAAAAAAAGAGUACGUGAAAUUGUCGACAAUAGUCUAGAACUAUCCCGAUCCUUUACAAUGAGUUUAAUGGUAAAUCCAGAACAAAGCCUAGCUCAACUAUCAAAUAUAACUGCUUUAUUAAACGGAUCUAUUUUACAAGACCUGAGCCUUAACAAUAUAGAAGAUGAGUCUACAUUAAGUAUUAAUCCUAGCCAAAUAACCUUGACAUAUCACAGCCAUUUGAAUAAACCAAACCAAGUUUUACAAGAACGUGUCCAAGAGCAACAAAUAAUAACUACAUUACGUGAGCAAAUAACAAACUUAAAAUACGCAUUACAAUUAAGGGAUCAUGAACUGAACAGGAUUAACAAUAUAAAAGAAUUCUCAGAUAAAAUGAACGUGUUUGAUGAAAAGAAAUCAAGCCACAAAUUAAAUUCCAAAUUAAAAAAGGAAUUUAACAUUACAAUGCCAAUGCAAACUGAAAACCAAUCCGAAUCCGAAUCAUGGUCAGAACCUGAUAUAAACGUUUCAAAAGAAAGAAUUGGUUUAAGUAACACAUUGCCUAAUUUUGGAACAAAAAAGACUGAUUUAUCAACAGAAGAUUCAUUUAGUGAAAAAACAUCUUCUAGAUAUAAUACAAAAAGUAUAUCUGAUUUAUACAAGCAAAUUCAUAAUUUAAAACGUGAACUACAUUCAAAGAAUGAAGAACUAAUUAAUGUACAAAUCAGUGUAGAAAAAACGGUUAAUACCUUAGAAAAUCAAAUUAAGGUUUCUGAAGAAAAGUGUGCAAAUAUGCAAAUUUUACUUAAAGAUGUUACUAAAUCCAAAACUAAAUUAGAAGAAUCCAUGGUUCAAAAGGAUAAAGAAACCCAAGAUAAAAUAAAUCAGUUACAAAUGGAAAAAGAAAGUCUGUUAAAAACAUCACAGGAAUUUGAGGUUCAAGCUAAUAAAGCCAAACAGGAAUUAAAAUCAUACGAAAAUAAACUUACAAAGGUAAAUGAAGAAUGGGAAUUAGUAAAAAUAAGACUUCGGCAAGAUUAUGAAGAAUAUACUGCUAAAAAGUUAAAAAAUGCAGAAGAGGCGUAUUUAAAACGAAUUAAAGAAGUAGAGGAUAAUUCAAAUUCCAAGAUGGUAAAAUUGGAAAAUAAAAUAAAAGAAAUACAUGAAACUAAUGCUAAACAUUUCGUUCAAAAAUCAUACUUGGAUAAAGCAUAUUUGGACUUGCAAGAAAAGGUGCAUCAAAUUGAGAGCUUAAAUAACGAUAUUGUUUCAUAUAAAGACAAAAUAACUUCUCUUGAAACACAGAAAAAAGAUUUACAUGAAUUAUAUAAUAAUUCUUUAAUUAAAGUUGACACUAUUUACAAGGAAUUAAACAUACAAAAGGUACAAUAUUCUGAAUUACUUUUAGAAAAAAUUAAGUUGUCCAAUGAAAGAGUUGAGUUGGAAGAAAAACUUGGUUCAAUGUCAGUGGCAGAAUUAGAAAUGAAUGAACAAUUUGAAGAAAUUCAAAAUGAGAUGGAAAUAAUUAAACAAAGUUAUCAACAACAGUGUACAGCGCUUCAAAAUCAAAAAUCAAUAUUGGAAGUUAAAGUAAGCGAAUUGGAAUCUAUUAAUGCUGAAUUACACAAUCGGCUAGCUAAACUUCAAUUGACCACAACUGCUAAACACAAUGUGUCAAUACCAAGCUGCUUAUCAAACAAAAAACACAAUUCAUUCGGACAGCAAUACUUGGAUGGAGUGAAUGCAGAAGAAUGCAAUACCAUAAGACCAUUUAACCAAACGGCACCGCCUGCUAUACAACCGGUUGAUAUUCAAAGACUAGAAGCAAACUCAAGUCCUGACUUGGGUAUAGAAAGUGAUCAAGGAAGAUUUUCCAGUUUAGAGACUCACGAUGCAGAAAACGUACAAUAUGACGCAAUUAAUUGUGGUAAUGAAAAUUGCUGCCAGAAAAUAUUGGACUUUUCCAAAGAAAAUAAUGAACUGAAAAGAAAACUGUUAAGAAUGAAGAGAGCGCUUGAAGAAACUGCCAAUCAACUAUCACUUGCAAAUCAACGAAAAAAACAGGUGGAGAAAACCAUCUGUAAACAAAUUCACAAAACUAGUCAAGUGUUAAAAAAGGCUAAGGCCAAUUUAGAUUCAGGUUCUGAAAGUGAUGUUUUAAAAAAAUAAGUUUUUAUUAUGCUAUGUAUAUAUGUAUUAUUAGUAUUGUAUAUCAGUUUUUUGUAUUAUAUUUCUAUAUUUAUUUGUACCUAAUUAUAAAUUAAAGUCAUUUGGAACUAAAAAUAUUUUUUAAUGUGUUACUAUAGUAGUAACAUAAUGUUAGUAGUUGGAUUAAAAAGUUUGUAAAUAUUUUUUUGAAAACUCCAAACAAGUGUUUAUUUAUAACCUUUUUGUUUAAAUGGUUUUUGCAUAACUAAAAUAACUUGUGCCAAGUUAUUAGUAUUUUUUUAAAUAAAAUAAGUUGUUAAGGAGUUAACUGAAAUGUGUUGUUUUAUAAAAAAUAUGUAAAUUUUGGGACGUCUGUAUAUUAGUUGUAAAGAUUACAUUUUUUGAUAUUUUUUGUGACGUCUUUAAUUUCAUCCUUUCUUUUAUUAAUACUUUUUAAGCACUGUUAGCUAUAGCUAUAUUUAUAAUAUUAAAUCAAAUAUAUGUUCUAUAAUUUGGAUAAGUUAUCCUAAGGAACCAUAUACCUAAUUUGUUUAUGAUUGAUCAACUUUUUUU